UCUCAUUGGGCUUGUGGAGCUCACAGGAAGUGUCCGCAAUGGCUGAGACCCACAGUUUACAGGACCUUCAGCAGCCAGGUGUCUCCUCCAAGGUGUUCGUCCAGAGGGACUACAGCUCAGGAACCAUCUGCAAAUUCCAAACAAAGUUCCCCUCUGACCUGGAGUCAAGACUUGAUAAGCAGCAGUUUGAGGAGACCAUCCAGACUUUAAACAACCUGUAUGCAGAGGCUGAGAAGCUCGGGGGGAAGUCAUACUUGGAGGGCUGUCUGGCUUGUCUGACUGCGUACACCAUCUUCCUCUGUAUGGAGACCCACUAUGAAAAGGUCUUAAAGAAGAUCACCAGGUACAUUAAGGACCAGAAUGAGAAGAUAUAUGCUCCCAGGGGCUUGCUGCUCACUGACCCCAUAGAGAGAGGCCUCAGAGUUGUUGAAAUCACCAUCUUUGAAGACAGAAAUGUUGGCUCUGGAAGAUAAAGAAUCUUGCAGUAUGUUGUCAGACAUAGAAGCAUCUUUAAUGGAGUCAGCUUCGCUGGGAAAAUCUUGGGACCUCCACUCUGACACUCUUAAACUAUGAGAAAUCUGAAUUUCCGGACAGUAUUUUCCUUUAUCCAUAGUCAAACCCAUUACUGACCACUUCUAAUUCCACUAUGUGAUGCUAACUGCAAUUUACUUACGAAGAUGCCUUAACAAACCAAACUCCAUAGGCUUUGUUUAUAUUCAAGAAGUUUCCCCCUUUUUUUCUUUACUCUUUGUAUAAACUAAUGUCUGACCAGAUACUCUUCAUCUAUGUGGAAGCACAUAUUCAGAUAUCUGCUUCCUCUGAAUGGAUGUAUACUUUUUUAUCUGAUUCUUAUUUCUGUUAUUUAUACUUACUCUACUGUCUGCCUAUCCUUAUUUGUUAAUGUCUUUUUUAUAUAUAAAUAAAAUAGUUUACAGUCCAGACUGUGUUUGAGCAGUGACACUCCCCUUAUUAUUAUAAAUAAAUUAAUAAAAAUGUAUAAUUAUUGAUGUCCUAGUUGAUCGAGAUCAGUCUCCAUUAAUCGGCCAUUGUGAUAAUGCCACUUUUUACCAUGGUAAUCACGAGGGAUUUGACUUGUGUAUUGUUUUGCAAGUCAAAUAUUGUGUUGUCCUAGAACUGUGUAGAGGCGGAGUUGUUGAAACUGUCUAUAAACCUAAGUACCGUUAUGUGUUGUAUUCCACAGUGUUAACAUGCUGGUUGUUGUCUUUGUUUGAGCAAAUAUCUCAUUCGUGCAUGAAUGGGACUUAUUGGUGGGAAGCCCUUGUCUUGUGAAACAGACACAUUGGAUUGGAGUUUUUAUGACCUCAAACAUGGAGCAUGUUUGCUGUUGGCAGGUCAAUCAAAAAAAUAAAAUGUGAAAUAAUACAUUUUGCGAAAUCUCUGUCUCUACCAUGUCAUACCCCAACUGGACUAAAUUUCGCAAAUCAUACCCUACAGUCCUGUGCCAUGUUUCUCCUUAGAGUCGUUAUCUAUCUAUGGUCAAUGUCAUCCCAUUUUUCAUUGUCACCAUACACCACAGGAACCUUAAACACUUUGAAUUCCACAGAUUAUUGCUGUAUUUGGUGUUUGAUACAACUAGUUUACUUUUGUUACAAAUUAUCUUCUGUUUUGUCUAAAUAAACAAUCUUUUCCUGAA